CUAUAAAUAGGGCAUAUAGCGCUCGCCUUACGCACUCACAUUCUGCCUCACUCUCUGCCUUUUCUCUUUCAGGGUUUUAGGGUAUCUCUCUCAGCCGCCUUAGCUUAAGUUAGUUUUGUGAUUUAGAAUGGGUAAAGAGAAGGUUCACAUCAACAUCGUGGUCAUUGGCCAUGUCGACUCCGGCAAGUCGACCACCACAGGCCACUUGAUCUACAAGCUCGGAGGAAUCGACAAGCGUGUGAUCGAGAGGUUCGAGAAGGAAGCCGCUGAAAUGAACAAGAGGUCAUUCAAGUACGCCUGGGUGCUUGACAAGCUCAAGGCUGAGCGUGAGCGUGGUAUCACCAUCGAUAUUGCCUUGUGGAAGUUUGAGACCACCAAGUACUACUGCACUGUCAUCGAUGCUCCUGGACAUCGUGACUUUAUCAAGAACAUGAUUACUGGGACUUCACAGGCCGACUGUGCCGUCCUUAUCAUUGAUUCCACCACUGGUGGUUUUGAAGCUGGAAUCUCCAAGGACGGCCAGACCCGUGAGCAUGCUCUCCUUGCCUUUACCCUUGGUGUAAAGCAGAUGAUCUGUUGCUGCAACAAGAUGGAUGCAACUACCCCUAAAUACUCCAAGGCGAGGUAUGAUGAAAUUGUGAAGGAAGUUUCUUCCUACCUGAAGAAGGUUGGUUACAACCCUGACAAAAUCCCAUUUGUUCCUAUCUCUGGUUUCGAGGGUGACAACAUGAUUGAGAGGUCCACCAACCUUGACUGGUACAAGGGCCCAACCCUCCUUGAUGCUCUUGACCUGCUCUCUGAGCCCAAGAGGCCCUCAGACAAGCCUCUCCGUCUCCCUCUUCAGGAUGUUUACAAGAUUGGUGGUAUUGGAACUGUUCCAGUUGGUCGUGUUGAGACCGGUGUCAUCAAGCCUGGUAUGGUUGUCACCUUUGGCCCAACUGGACUAACCACUGAAGUUAAGUCUGUUGAGAUGCACCACGAGGCUCUUCUGGAGGCUUUGCCAGGUGACAAUGUUGGCUUCAACGUCAAGAACGUUGCUGUGAAGGAUCUCAAGCGUGGUUUUGUUGCAUCCAACUCAAAGGAUGACCCUGCCAGGGAAGCUGCUAACUUCACAUCUCAGGUCAUUAUCAUGAACCACCCUGGUCAGAUUGGAAAUGGCUAUGCCCCAGUUCUCGACUGCCACACCUGCCACAUUGCUGUCAAGUUUGCUGAGCUUGUCACUAAGAUUGACAGGCGGUCUGGUAAGGAGCUCGAGAAGGAGCCCAAGUUUUUGAAGAACGGUGAUGCAGGGAUUAUCAAGAUGAUUCCCACCAAGCCCAUGGUUGUUGAGACUUUCUCUGAGUACCCACCCCUUGGUCGUUUUGCUGUUAGGGACAUGCGCCAGACUGUUGCUGUUGGUGUUAUCAAGGGUGUUGAGAAGAAGGAUCCCUCUGGUGCUAAGGUUACCAAAUCUGCUGCCAAGAAGAAGUGAAUUGUGCGUUCACUCAUUUUCAUUGAUGUUGUGAACAAUUUAUAUCUCUAUUACUGUGUGCCUUUUCAAUUUCUAGUCGGUUUUGUCUCUAGUUUUAUUUCUAUUGGUUUUAUGUGUUGCAUGUCUGGUCGUCGCACCCAGAACUGGGUGCUAGACAGGCGGUGGCAACACAUUGCCAGUGGUGGAGUCCGGGAGUUUUAACACCCUUUUAUUGUGGAUGUUUUGAGUUAAUUUAAAUUUAAGGCUUUUAAUUUAGUAUUUA